CCACUUCACUUGCCUCCUCUCAUCCCAUAUCAUUCUUCUUUCAUCUUUCUUGGAAGUCACAAAAACAAGCCCUGGUAAAUAUCAAUUUUUUUUGAAAACCAAAAACCCUAAUCCCAAACCCUAGGGUUUACCUUAACCGGACCCAAACCCAGAUCCAGGAACCACUCUGUGCUCUGCUCAGGAAGUGUGUUUCUGUUUUUUAGCUUAGUUAAGGCAGCAAUGGAGGUGGAUAGUUUCAGUCCAGUUGAACAGAGCAUCUGGGUAUGUUCUGUAAUGGAAGCUUUGUUGGCUGAGACUUUGGUUCUUGCUGGAAAAUCUCUUGCUUGCCUUCUCAUGCUGACAGGAUCGGUGCUGAAUUAUAAGAAUGCAUCACUUAAUUUGACUGCAGUGGAUGAGAGGUUUCCAUUUGAUGAACUUCUAAAAAUGGAACGUCCUGGUCCAGAAAACAAAGAUGCUAGUGAUACAGAGGAUGAUGAUGAAGACGAAGACGAGGACAAUGCAGAUGAUCAAGAUGAUGAUGGAGGUGAUGAGGAUUUUUCAGGUGAAGAAGGUGAAGAAGGAGAUCCCGAGGAUGACCCUGAAGCCAAUGGAGAUGGUGGGAGUGACGAAGAGGAUGAUGAUGACGACGAUGAUGAUGGGGAUGAAGAUGAUGAUGAUGACGAUGAUGGUGAGGAUGAAGAAGAGGAGGACGAAGAAGAUGAGGAUGAUGAGGUUCCUCAGCCACCUUCUAAGAAGAGGAAAUAAAUCUAGUCAUAGGUCUUGAGAUAUUCUACUAUUUCCUGCUUUUUUCCUCUCUGGGUGAGGAAAUUUUAGUAGGGAGGGAGAUUGCAGCUUGUUUGUUUGCUUAGAGUAGAAGAUUCGUCAUUCCAAACGAACCUUAUUUCCAGCAUUUGUCAUGUAGUCAUGUUAUAGGUGGUUAUGAUACAUAUCAUUGCAUCUUGAACUAACAGUCAAGGCCUAUUUGUUUAGUAGAACUUGGUAUUCUUAGUAGAACUUGGGCUUUUCUAGUA